AUGGACACCGGGGACCCCCAAGACACUGUACUAGUAGUUGACCAGGAUGAUACCGAUUCCAGCUAUGGAGGCGACCUGGCGAGCGAAACCACAUCGGUUACAUCGAGUAUUUAUAAAUUCCGACUUGAACACGGGAGACGAUAUCAUGGCUAUAAAGACGGAGCCUACUAUGCGCCGAACGACGAGAAAGCGAACGAGACGUUAGAUAUCGGGCAUCAUGCUUACCUCCUCCUUCUGAAGAAAAAGUUAUAUCUGGCACCGAUAAGGAAUCCUCAGAAAGUUCUCGAUGUCGGGACCGGAACGGGCAUCUGGGCCAUCGAUUUCGCUGAAGAACACCCGCAAGCCACAGUUAUCGGCACCGACUUAUCACCCACACAACCUACCUGGGUCCCUCCCAAUGUCUCCUUCAUGAUUGAUGACUGCACCGAGUAUCCCUGGACCUACGGGAAAAACUCAAUGGACUUCAUCCACGUCCGCGACCUCUUCGGCUGCAUCCCGGACUGGUCCGAAUUCCUCGCCCAGUGCUACGAGACCACCAAACCGGGCGGCUACGUCCAGGUCGCCAACCGCGCCGUGUGGAUGGAACCAGACGACAACACGAUACCGGCCGACGAGAAGCAUGCGUUGAAUAUCUGGAGGCGCGAGUUCCGCGAAGUGGGCGAGCGGCUGGGGAAGACGACGACGAUCAUGGAACGGCAGCGGGAGGAGAUGGAGAAGGCGGGUUUUGUGGACGUUACGGAGACGAGGUUGAAGAUGCCCCUGGGUUCGUGGCCGAAGGAUAAGGCGCUCAAGGAGGUGGGGAGGUUUUAUUAUCUGGAGUGCCUGCAAGGGAUGGAUGGGUGGGCGUUGGCGCUGCUGACCAGGGUGAUGGGCUGGGACAUGGCGGAGGUGCAGGUCCUGCUGGCCAAGUUUCGGGAGGCUAUGGCUGAUCGGUCGAUUCAUUGUUAUGUGCCUGUUUCCAUUGUGUACGGACGGAAGCCGACGUCGUGAGCCGGCGUCUUUAGAGGUUUGUGUGCACGCGCUAUUUCUUUUUCUUGGAUAUGAAUAUUCAUUUUGGGUCCACGUAUCUCUUCUCCAUCUUGUACCUACUCUCUCCACCGAAUGGCCCUUUUCGUCUCAUUUUUUCUUUGACAGAAGAUUCAUCCAGACUCAGCGGGCGUCCCAUGUCUUAUGAUCCUUAAUCCUUCUCAUGACUUGACGAUUUGAUGAUCAUUCUUGUUUGCUUACAAUCCUGUAUAUACCGUACGGCGUACGGUUUCUAAACUCAACAUUUGAGAGUCCAGCAAAUCUG